UAUGGCAGAGAAAACAGAGGAGGUGGAUAAUUUGCGGACAGAAUUUGAUUGGUUGCUGAAAGAAGAGGUACAUCGGGUAUUCGAUGAACUUAAGACGAUACUUAAAGAAUGCUGUAACAGAUUCCCUGUAAUGAUUUACUCAGGCAACAAUGAUGAAAUUCUACAACCAGAGAAGUUUAUACUUGCCAGUUCAAAUGGAACCCAAAACUACAAGUGCAUGGUUACCAUUCUGGGAGAUAGCAUUUGUGAGGCUGAUCUGAGCCUCAGAGUCAAUAAACCCACCCCCGCCAUACAAAAAUCUCAGUUAACCCCUGGGGAAACUUGGCGACUGCAGCAGGUCCAGGAUGCAGGGAACCACCUGAUGAAUGCACUUACUCUGGUCAGCAACAUUGAGAAAUCUUACACCUUUAAGACAGGACAGGAGGUGGUACUGCUACUUAACGAUGUUACUUCCUGCUUAAAUAGAGGGCGUGCCUGCCUCACACUUCCAAGGAAAAAGUCAUUAGAAGAACUAGUACAUAACAGAAAUAUGAAGAUUUGGAGUCCCCCAGUGCCAAAUGAUAUUGUGCUCAGCUUCUACAUUCAGGCUCAAAAGCUAGUCCUCGGUGUAUACCAACUCCAGUUGAACAGUGCUCAGAAGUUAGAUAUUGGUGCUAAACACACAAUUGAAUGCUCAGUACCUUGGUUAAAUGAUGCCAUUGUCCUAUACACAAUAGCAUUACAGAGAUGUCAACAGCUGCUUGAUAAGGUGAACUUAUUUAUGGAACUUUUUGAAUCAAGGACUGCCCUUUAUAAACAAACCACCGAUAAACUGGAUUCUGACCAUAUAAGGAGCCCAACACUAAUCAGCUUUGAAACUUAGUACUCAAUAUAAAUGAAUGAUACUGUAAACUUUGUAAAUUUUGUGCAAAAUUAUUUCAUGAAUGUUCCUGACAAAAGCAUUAUUGAGUCAGAAAUACAUCCUUAGAAAAGUUUAUAUGGGCCUACAAAAAUGUUUAGCAAUAAAGUGGAUAUAGACACUUCAUUCGGAAUUAUGGAAAUGGUGAACUGAAAAUCCAUGUGAAAAUGCUGUAAAUCAGUAAAAUUUUAAAUGUUAUCACUCAAAAUUUUCAAGGUUUACAGUACAAGUUUGAUUCAGACAGUCAGGAAUUUACAAAUGCUGCAUGAAAAGCAAUAAGCAGAAAGUAAGAGAUUUUGAUGUAUUCAAACAUAACAUUGAAUAAACCACACUACCUUGGACCUUCUCUUUUUCAUAGUCGAGGAAGAUCACAUUCACCAAACAUGGACUGUAGACUACAGUGAGAUAUUUUUCAAAUCAAAAUACCCUUUCAGAGGCCAUGGUGACAUAUAUAUUUAAUUUUAUUAAGGGUAGGCCAUACAUGAGCCUGUGUUAAGUGCAAUACCCGUGUCCAUUUCACAGCAUUAUUUGUCUUAUUGUAUACCCACGACGACUGUAUAUACACAUGCAAUAUUUCAAUAGUAAUGAAUAUCAGUCAACCUCUUGAAUACCAGCCUCUAAUAAAGGUUUAAAACAAGAGCAUUUUUCUUCAUUUCUAAAAACACAAUAUUUGAUGUUUGAUUUCACAGGAAUAGUAAACAUGGACCCAGUACAUACAUUUUAGAACAUAAUUAGUGUAGAUUGGAUGAAAGUUGUCAAAAUUAGAGCAGUUUUAGAAUUAGAAUUCCAUCUUUCAAAGAUCCAAAGUAAAGAUCUAUAUUUAAAACAUAUUUGGAGCAAUAAGAGUACAAAGAAAGAAGGUUAUGUUUUCCAAUUAAUUUUAAUGUAUGAACUGUGUGAAGUACUCAUAUGGAAAUUGCCUAAUAGGCGAUGUACAUACUAACUGUAAAUGUACAUUU